AUGGUAAGGUCAGAGCCGACGGUGCGGGCGAUGCUCUCGAGCAUCUGCCGUCAAUGCAGGCGGCCGACAGGACAGCGAACGCCGCAGCCGGCUGCACGACAGCUGGGGGGCAGCCGAGGCGAGUCGAUGUGGGCACGGGUGGCGGCGGGCGAGGCGAAGAGCGCAGCAGGAGCCGGUGGUUCCGGUGCCAGCUCGCCACGGCCGGCGCUGCUGCGGCCACGCUGGUCCGAGGAGGAGGGGGUACACCGGACAGCCGUGACGGCACAGCGGCGGAAGUCGUCGACGGCAACGACGACGACGACGACGGCAGCUAAGACCAAGGGCAGGACAGAGCGGGUGUUGGCAGCCGAUGACCUGUUCCACGCGUACAGCAGCUCGCCGAUUGCCGACAUGCGACGACGGGCGGCCUUUAUCAAGAUGCACGCACACUGUCCACACCCACACCACAAGCACGGAGUGAUGGGCGAGACGACAGCGGCGGAGCCGGACUCGGCAGCAGCGCCGCAGCUGAAGGCGCUAUCGCGGCUAGAGGGCGGCGAGCUGGCGCCGGCGCACGUGGACUUUGAGUGUCCGGACUGCGGGGUGCCGGUGUACUGCAGCGAGGCGCACUGGAUGGACGACUACGAGGCGCAUCUGCAGAUCUGCGACACGCUGCGGCAGAUCAACGAGGACGACCACGACCUGCGGUCAGGGCGCGACUUUGCCGAGUUCGACUACCCGGGCGAGCAGAUGGCCGAGGCGCUGGUCAACAUGACCAGCUGGGACACGUUUCUGUACACGCGCGGCUUCUCGGCCGUCAACGACGACCGGAGCAUGCGCCAGGUGACGCGACUGCUGACGUAUCCGGUCACGGUGGCGAGCGUGCUGCACGAGCUGAGCCCAUACAACAUCCGGCGGGGUGGCCGGCUGACGGCCGAGGGCCUCAAGAGCCUCAGCGCCCUGCGCUACACGCUGCACCCGCCGCUGGCGGGCGAGUCUGACAGCGUGCGCGGCAUCCGGCCACAGGCCCCGGCCGUCCGGCUGUUUGUGCUGGGCGCGCGUGCCGAGUCGUCGCUGCCGCGCGAUGUCUGGGUCCAGCUGGCCCAUCUCUUUCCGCGCGCGCGGCUGCAUGUCGUCCUGAUCGGCCCCGAGAGCAUGGCCAAUCGCGACGACGAGUUUCCGCUGCCGGCGCGCACGGCGACCAAUCCGUUUGGUGCCGUGGUCGAGGACCGUGUCUGGCCAACCAUGAAGAUCACCACCAUCGUCGACUACUUCCACACCGUUCACCAGACCGGCUACUUUGCCCCGUACGACCCCUACUUUGACUGCUUCAUGCUCUUCCACCCCGGACUCGGCCACCCGACCAGCUCGCACGAGUGGGCCACCACCCUGCCCAUGCUGCUCGAGACCAAGGCCCCCGUCCUCGUGACCGGCUACACCCAGCACGACAUGGAGCGCGACAUCGCCUGGGUCGGCCGCACGGCCGCCGGCGAGUUCGACCUGCUCAUGGAGCCGGGCGAGAACAUCUUCCGCAGCUUGCGCUGGGAUCUCAACGACCUAGACCCCCAGGACAUUAGCUGUGGCAACUGGGGACUGUGGGCUUUCCGUGGAAAGAGAUACGAGGCUACGCAUAAACCGUCCGAGUAG